AUGGAGACCAGAAGCGGUCGGCCGCUGAAGCGGGCGGCUGGUAGGCCGGGGUUCUACAGGGAGCGUCCCCGCCCCGACGCGCGGGUCCCCGCCUCCCGCGGCCGCACCGCCCCUCGGCUCCGCCCGCUCAGCCGGGCUAACGGUCGGCGCGACCUGCCACGAGGGAGCGUCCGCGACCCGCGCAGAGCCGCGCACCAAGCCGAUGGCGUGGACGCAGCUCGGCCCCGCGGUCUGCGUGCAGGCAGGCGCGCGUGGGCGUGUCUCCUUGGCCCACGAGUGUCCCCGGCUUCAGUGUCUCGGCUCUGGUCCAGGACGAAGACUUCUGAAAGCGAGCCAAGGAGAAUCACAGUUCGUCAUGGAGCCCCUGACUGCCUGGUGGAAGGCUGUGAGUCAGAAGACAGCCAGCCUCCCAAUAGAAGAUUUCUUCCUGAACAAAUCUAUCAGUGCAGGUCAGAUUCUGGAAGAAAAUCACCUCCUCUCCUGGCAGAGCCUUCACCGUGUGGGGGAACAUCAGAUUUGUGUAAAGAAGGUAUGCACACUGUUGAGAAGGUGCUGUGCAGGCCACGGGUCACCCAGGAAAAUUUGGGGCAGUUUUCUAGGUUCAACAAAGACUGGUCAUCAAAGUUGCACCGUGACAUCUGGACACCUAGAUCCCGCUUCAGCCAUUCCACCUCAGCUCAGAAUUCGCCACUUGGUGUCAGGUUGGUGGGGCUGCAGGGCCUGCUCUUUAAAUUCAACUAUGCACUUAGAGAAAGAGAGAACCAAAGGAGUAAAAGUAAUCCUUUUUAGGCACACAGUCCCCGAGAAAUGUAGCUACUUUACAUAAUGCUUAAUGGAAGAAAAAGCUCCAAUUCCUACCCAGCCCUUGUGGGAAUUAUUCUGAGUUAUAUUUUACUUACUGAGACAUGAUAAUGUCUUGCAAAGCCAUAUAUUUUGGGAAG